CACGAGCGUCCGCUGCGAUUUUCCCUUUCCAUUGUGACAACUGCAUCUCGACGUCUGAUUGUCGGUUGGUGACAGCAUCGAAACCUGUUUGGCGUCAGAACGAACCCAGCUCUCCGUUUCAACUGGCCAUUGUUCAGAUCAUUCCCAGCUUGUUGUUUCGGUAGCUCUCACAAAGCAUAUUACCUGCCCCACCAGCCUCAGUGUUCCGCGGGCCAUCGAAUCGAGCCCGCAGUUCACUAACAUAAUUAUUUCCGCUUUGUCAUUCCAUGCCCAUCAAAUUCAAGAACGACAACACCUCAAUCCCAAUCUUGUCCUUUCCUGAACCUCAGACCGAGCCCGUUCGCCCCUUGAAUACCACAAUGGCGGACACUGUCGUGCGCCCGGAUGAGCCUGAAAAUGCAGGGUACGUGACGUCGCCGCGCUGGCUCCUGGCUCCUGGCUCCCUCCCCCACAAUGUCCGAGGGAAAUAUCAUGCUGACCGUACAUGCCCCAUCAGCACGAUCGAGCUCAAGGAGAACACUGUGAUUGUCGUUCUCGGCGCAUCAGGCGAUCUCGCCAAAAAGAAGACGUUCCCUGCACUUUUCGGCCUGGUGGGUGAAGAUAACAAUGGAGAGAUUGGGAUGAAACCCUUGCUGACCCUCUUGUCUACGAUAGUACCGCAACAAAUUCCUCCCCAAGGACAUCAAGAUCGUGGGAUAUGCCAGAACAAAGAUGGACCAUGCGGAAUACCUCAAACGAGUCAAAUCCUACAUAAAGACCCCAACAAAAGAGGUGGAGGAACAGCUUGAACAGUUCACUUCGGUCUGCACGUACAUUGCUGGUCAAUACGAUCAAGACGAGCCUUUCCAAAAGCUUGACAAGCACAUCACAGACAUUGAGGGUGGUCGUAAGGAGAACAACAGAGUCUUCUACAUGGCUCUCCCACCAAGUGUCUUUAUCACAGUCUCACAACACCUGAAGAGGAACUGUUAUCCCACCGGUGGUAUCGCCAGAAUCAUUAUCGAGAAGCCCUUUGGGAAAGAUUUGACCAGUUCACGACAGUUGCAGCGGGCGCUCGAGCCCGACUGGAAAGAAGAAGAGAUCUUCCGUAUUGAUCACUACCUCGGGAAGGAAAUGGUCAAGAACUUGCUCAUUCUCCGGUUUGGUAACGAAUUCUUGGGUGCCACGUGGAACCGCAACCACAUCGACAGUGUUCAGAUCACGUUCAAGGAGCCUUUUGGAACCGAAGGUCGUGGUGGCUACUUUGAUGAGUUUGGCAUCAUUCGCGAUGUGAUGCAGAACCAUCUUCUCCAGGUGCUCACUCUGCUUGCCAUGGAACGCCCUAUCUCCUUCUCGGCCGAAGACAUUCGUGACGAGAAGGUCAGGGUUCUCCGAGGUAUGCCUCAAAUCGAGCCAAAGAACGUCAUCAUCGGCCAGUAUGGCAAAUCCCUCGAUGGUACCAAGCCUGCGUACAAAGACGAUGACACUGUCCCGAAAGACUCGAGAUGUCCCACAUUCUGUGCCAUGGUGGCGUUUAUCAAGAAUGAGAGGUGGGAUGGUGUACCCUUCAUCAUGAAGGCUGGCAAGGCCCUCAACGAGCAAAAGACCGAGAUUCGAAUCCAAUUCAAGGACGUCACGUCAGGUAUCUUUAAGGACAUUCCUCGAAACGAACUUGUCAUUCGAAUCCAGCCCAACGAAUCAGUUUACCUCAAGAUGAACUCUAAACUGCCCGGCUUAUCCAUGCAAACAGUGGUCACGGAACUUGAUCUUACCUAUAGGCGCCGGUUCUCAGAUCUCAAGAUUCCCGAGGCCUACGAAAGCUUGAUCCUGGAUGCCAUGAAGGGUGACCACUCCAACUUUGUCCGUGACGACGAGUUGGAUGCGUCCUGGAGAAUCUUCACACCUCUACUGCACUACCUUGAUGAGAAGAAGGACAUUGUGCCCAUGGAGUAUCCUUACGGCUCUCGCGGUCCUGCGGUUCUCGACGACUUCACUGCGUCUUAUGGCUACAGAUUCAGUGAUGCUGCUGGCUAUCAGUGGAACACCGCAAGCACGCCUAACAAGUUGUAGAGGUCGGUGUUCAUGGUUGCUCAUAUGAACGAGUCUGUUGGCUUGAUGUGGACACUAUCUCGAGAUACUGGAUGACAGCAACAAAGUGACCAUUUGCAUGUAUGGAAACAACAUCUUGGAUCCUCAACUAAACAAAGUUGGCCGCCGGUCUUCUUUUUGCUGCAAGGUCGAAAGGGGAAAAGGAGGUUGAGCUUCAUCAUCAAGAGGUGUCUUUCUCGUGUGCCUGGUAUAGAAAGUUCAAAUGAUGAAUGUUCAUGCAAGGGCUCUGCCCUGGAAUGGGAACAUGGGUAGAUAGACCCGGGAAAUUUACUCUGUGUGCAUAAAAAAAACUCGUGAGACUAGAAAAGAGUUACCUGUCGUCG